AUGGAGGUGGCGACCAAAUCAUCGAUCACCGACCUCAAAGUUAUGCAUUCCAGGAAGAUGUCCAUCGAUGGGCAUAACUUUCUGUGCCUUCGGGGGGGCGUAUCCGGCGAACAAGGCUUCGAGCUCUGGGGUCCAGCUGAAGAGGCACACGCUGUCUAUCGUGCCAUCUUGUCUCAUGGGUCUGAGUUUGGUAUUCGUCAACUGGGCUACCGUGCCAAGACAGUGAAUCACGUGGAAGGGACGUUUCCUACUCCAUGGCUCGAUUUCCUCCCUUCGUUUCAUGGAGAAGACCUCGAUCUGAUUGAAUACCGUCAGUUUCUUAGAACUUCGGGUUUGGCCUCUCCGGCCUUGCUACAUAUUGGAGCUUCUGGUAAUUAUAGCUCUCGUCCAUCUGCUCAUCACCGCACACCAUUUGAUCUUGGAUGGGGCUGGCUUGUUAACUUUGACCAUGAUUUCAUCGGCAAAGAAACCUUGAAGGAAAUAGCCAGCGACCCUCCAAAUGCCCUCGUGACCUUGGAAUGGAACAGCAAGGAUGUUACAGAUGUGUAUGCAUAUCUCUUCUGCAACGAGACGCUAGACUUUAUGGAAAUGCCACGAGAUCGGGGAGGCGUGACAGGAAGUGGUGUAUAUGAUGAUGACAAACUAGUUGGCUGCGCCGUCUCGCGCUGCUAUAGCUACUGGUUCAAGAAGAUGAUAUCUCUUUGUAUCAUCGAGAUGAAGUACUCAACACCCGGAACAGAAGUUUUGGUAAAGUGGGGGAACAACGGGAGUCUACAAAAGAUGAUACGCGCUUCCAACGUGUCUACUGCCGUUGGAGCUCCUGUUAAUCUGGGUGCCUUUAAGCACACGAUCAAGAACGACGAAAUCAUGUUUUUCGUUACCGCAGAUGAUAGAACUCAAGCCUUCGCAUUCGAGUUUGAGGUUUAG